CAUCUCCCAUCGGCUGCUGUGGAGUUUGCUAACUUCGACUCAUGGGGUCUGGUUUCCUUCUUCCCAAUCUGUCGCCUAGAAAGACGAAGGGGGUGUUUGAUACCCGUCUGACUGGGUCUGACUGGUAAUAAGGACGCUUCUACCCCUCUGUUAUCUUUCUUCCCUCGUUAUCCGAUACCCAUUCUUUCAAACGUAACCUAAAAAAAAAAGCGCAGACACAAAAAUCGCCGCCUCCUCCAUCGACAGCUAACCGCCAUCUCACUCGUCGCUGCCAUCUAGCCGCCGUCUCGCCGGCUAAAGAGAACUCGCCAUCUCCGAGCAAUUUCUCUCGCUUUCCCUGUCAUUCAAGAUCACUGUAAUUCAUCAAAAACGGCAGGGUAAAAUGGUCAUUUUUCAUCACUCAGCACAUUCAGUCAGAUGUACAAUCAAACAACAAGAUUUCUUACUCAGUCAGGAUUUCUUACCCAAACAGACCUUUCCUAGUCAGAACUUUCUCAGUCAGCAACUAUCAAACGGGGCCGAAAUGUCAGGAUGUAGACGACGAGGAGUAGACUGGUUUUUUCAAUCAUCGAUAUCGGUCAAGAGGCUCUUAUUCGGAUACGCAAUAACGGAGUACCCUCUCCCGUGAAGAACACAAGAAAGAACUAAUUGAGUUUGAUGCUCUAUGGAUCUACUCUUCAAUGCUUACUCCACUAAUACAGAUGAAGAUGAAGAAAAUGAAAAACAUCCACCUCCUCCCUUCAAACGAGCUAAACCUGAACUCCCACAUACAUCCAUCAAUUUUGAUCAUGGAAAACAUAUUUCCACGGAAUCUUCAAUUUCAGGAAGAUACAUUUCAAAGCGUGAACGUGCACUCAUGGCUUCAGCUCCUCCUCAAAUUCCCAAUCCAGACCCCCCAUCUUCCUCAGCCUGUUCACCUGUUCAAGGAAGCAUCUUGGAUUCUUCCAUAAGAAAAGACAUUUUGUCAUCGUUAAGGAAUCCAAAAGGAGGAGGCAAUGCGAAUUCUGAGAGGAAGUCCACAGCUCUUAUCGGCCAUACAAAAGCUGUGAAUGCUCUACAAUGGUCAAACAGUCAUUGUCAUCUUCUUGCAUCGUGUGGUAUGGAUUCUUCCAUAAACAUAUGGAACGUUUGGAGCAAUGAACAGAAGAAAGCACGGGUAUUAAACGUUCAUAGUGCAGCUGUGAAAGACAUCAAGUGGUGUGAGAAAGGAUUUUCUUUGCUUUCUUGUGGAUAUGAUUGCACAUCAAGAUUGAUAGAUGUUGAAAAAGGGAUAGAAACUCGGGUGUUUAAAGAGGAUCAGGUUAUUGGGGUUGUUAAAUUUCAUCCUAACAACUCCAACCUGUUUUUGUCCGGAGGAUCAAAAGGUGUGAUUCGUUUAUGGGAUAUUAGAACUGGAAAUGUGGUAAAUCAAUUUUCUCGAGGUCUUGGCCCAAUUCUUGAUGUGGAAUUUAUGAAUGAUACAAAACAGUUUAUUUCUUCUAGUGAUGAAUCAAAAAGCAAUGUUAGUGAGAAUUCUAUCAUUGUUUGGGAUGUUUCUCGACAACUUCCUCUAUCCAAUCAGAUCUAUGUGGAAGCGUAUACGUGUCCAUGUAUACGACAUCAUCCAUACGACCCGUAUUUUGUGGCACAAUCAAAUGGAAAUUACAUUGCAAUAUUUUCUUCCAAAUCUCCAUUUCGGCUCGAUAAAUACAAAAGAUAUGAAAGUCAUUUUGUUUCUGGUUUUCCCAUCAAAUGCAAUUUCAGUACAGAUGGGAAAAAACUUGCGUCUGCUUCUUCGGAUGGUUUUAUUUACAUAUAUAACACCAAGUCAUGCCACCUCAUCAACAAAAUCAAAGCUUAUGAACAAGCGUGUGUAGAUGUUGCAUUUCAUCCCAUUUUGUCUAAUGUAAUCGCUUCUUGCAGUUGGAAUGGGGAAAUAUCAGUUUUUGAAUAAUUGGAAAAUAUGUAUAUCGUUUAAUGUCGCAUUCCAGUCUUGUACCCCACAUACAUGUAUUAUUGAUGAGCUGUAAUUGUAUUGUUCUUGUGUUUGGGCAAAUCAGAUGUGACACUUUUAAAGCCGAAAA